AUGAAGCUCGUCUUAACAGGUGUCACUGGUGCUGCUGGUAUCCAGAUCUUUCGUCAAGCAGUAUUGGAUGCAGCUAUCACGAAGAUCACGGUACUCUCUCGUAGAGCGCUCCCAUCAUGGAUGGAUAUACCCGAAAACGACAAGACAGAAGUCAUAGUUCUGAAAGACUUCUUGGAUUACCCUAGUGAUCUCCCUGCUCGUCUGGCAGGGCAUGACGCCUGCAUUUGGGCACUGGGAAAGAGUUCAGUAGGCCUGUCAGACGAAGAAUAUACGCGCAUCACAUACGACUACACCAUGCACUUCGUAGACUCCCUGCAAGAAGCAGGGACGAAGGACGAAACGGGAGAGCCCUUCAGAUUUGUUUUUGUUUCAGGAGAGGGCGCAGAUCCAUCUGGCAAGAGUAAUGUCAAGUUUGCGAGAAUCAAGGGCAUGACUGAAAAAGCUCUCUUUGAUCUCUCUCCGUCCUCCAACAUCAAUGCAUCUGUCAUGCGGCCUGGUUACUUCUUCCCUUCCAAAGCGUCAGACCGAGAGAACAUUCGUUCACAAACGGCAAGGUCUAUGGAUUGUCUCAUGACGCCCAUCAUGAAGACCAUCCUACCCUCCAUGUAUACACCGAUUGAGGACCUCGGGCUUUUCGCUGUGGAGGCAGCUAAGGGCCGAUGGUCAGAUGAGAAGUUAUUUCCAAACUCAAGAAUGAGGGAGUUGAUCAAGGCAUCGCGCACUCUGGAAAACCAGCAGUGA